GCAACUGUUGAGAUUUGUCGAAUCUCUGCAGCAAUUUUAUGUGCUUGCUGCUCGAAUUCGAUCUCGCAACGUCUUUUCCGUUCAUCAAAUCUGCGUGCAAUUCGUUUAUUUUACACAGUUUCAUACACGAAAUAGUUACUAAAUUGAUUCGACUGUUGACAUCUUAUCUUGAUUUGUUCGUUUGGUUUCGACUCGCCCGAUACAGAUCUGAUAUUGUCUUUUGGAUUUAAGUGUCGACGAUAGGUUUUCGAUUUAAUUUGUCUGGCAUAUCAAGCACAUGGCUUCCUCAGGGACCUCAAUGUCGUAUUCUUUACUACUGUUUAUUGCUACACUUUCUCUACAAGAAAUGUAUAGAGCAAAACUAGCUUCUUCAGAGUUAUAUACUAUACUUGGAGGAUUCACCAGCUCUCUCAUUUUUCUUUUUCUGCUCACGUUCAUUGGAAACUAUCAAGAAAUUAGCGGUAUUAAGACUGGAUGGGGUGCAGUUAUAAUUGCAGAGACAGUGGCGCUCAUAGCUGCUGGAACUGUGCAUAGAGUUUGCAUCACAACCUGCUUCUUGUUUUCUGCUGGACUGUUGUACGAGGUCAACAAGCUCUCAGGAAUGUCUGAAUCUAAAGCUAAAAGGUUCUGAACCGAAACUUGUUCUUCCUUAAACGAUCCCUUUUUGUCUGGCUGUAUCAACUUUAAUCGAUCAAAGUGUAGACGAGCAAUUUCCAUGGAAAACAAUAUAUGUAUGCCAACCUAGACAGCAGCCUUUGCUCUCAUUUGGACGGUCAGCUGCGCCGUUAUACUGUAAAAUCUCACAUUGACAUUUACAGUGCAGUGCAAUCAAGGUUAGACUGUUAUUAUCAUUUUA